UGCAUAAAUAAAGUGUGUGCCGCGGGGAAGCUCGUUUCCUUCAAUAAUGGCCAAUUUGGCUAAGUUGUUUCAACGUUUAUCGAUAGCUACGCUGACCAGAGAUGUGCGCCAUACGUGUAUCCGUCCCAUAUCGUUGGAAAGCUUGGAAAUAUACCUAAACAAACCGAAACCCGGAGGCGGAAAAUCCUUCCGGCGUAUUGUACAUUACCCCACGGAGUACACGGUGGAACCGCUUCGUGUGACAAACUUGGCCGGUCGAGAUCCCGAGACGGGUCGCUUGAUAGCGAAGGGUAUCGGAGGCGGUAUUAAACAUAAGUACCACUGGAUAAAAUGGGUCCGGGAUGGCCCUCUGGAAGGCCCACCCCAGGUUGAAAAGGUGAUCGACGUUAUUGACGACGGCUGCCGUACGGCAAAGGUAGCCCUCGUUGCGGUCGGAAAUGAGAUGAAAUAUAUUCUUGCGACGGAAAAUAUGCAAGCUGGUGACCUUAUAAAAACAUCUCGUUUUAUUCCACGUAUUCCUGUCCGGGCUAACGAGGGGGACGCCUACCCGUUGGGUGCGCUGCAGGUUGGCACACUGAUACAUUGUUUGGAAAAAUACCCCGGACAACCCUGCCAUCUGAUCCAUGCUGCCGGUUCUUAUGGGACGAUUUUGCGCAAAUUCGGCGAUUUGGUCGUCGUUCAAUUGCCGUCGAAGCAAGAGUUUGCGUUCCAGCAGACAUGUAUGGCCACCGUUGGUCGCGUCUCUAACAUCGCGCACAGUAAAACGCCGAUCGGUUCGGCACAGAAGAACCGUGAGCUAGGAAAUCGUCCACGCUCCGGAUUGUGGCAUCGUAAGGACGGCCGACACGGUCGUAAGGUACGCCGCCUUCCUCCGAUGCGUGUAAUUCCGCCGCCAGCCGAGAAAGCCGCCGAACCGUUGAAAUUAACCCUCAAAGUGUAGAAUUGGUCUUGUUGAACAAUAAAUAGUGUUGUGGAUACGAGA